CUUCGUUCUCUGCCCCUUUUCUUGCCUCUUCUUCAGUCGAACGGUAGUUGUCUGUUCUUCUAUCCAGCAUGUCUCAUGUCGAAGAGGACGGCCCCUCACGGGCAGUCCAGCAUCAUGUUUCGGACGAAGAUGAUUUACCGUCAAUGAGCAUUGGAAAGUACCUGAUCACUCGGAUCCCGACCCUGGUGCCUCCUAUGAACCCUGCUCCGAAUCCAAUCAAGGCUCUUACUCUGCUCAGUGGCAAGCAAUGGCUCUUCUUUGGUGUCGCCUUCUUUGGUUGGACGUGGGAUGCCUUCGAUUUCUUUACCGUUUCCUUGACGACCACCCAGCUCGCAGAGGCCUUCGACAAGUCGGUCACAGAUAUUACCUGGGGUAUCACCCUCGUGCUGAUGCUCCGCUCCGUGGGCGCAAUCGCCUUCGGCAUCGCUGCCGACAGAUGGGGCCGGAAAUGGCCUUUCAUUGUCAACAAUAUCAUGUUCAUUGUGCUGGAGCUGGGAACAGGUUUCUGUAAUACGUAUCGUGAGUUCCUGGCCUGUCGCGCUCUCUUUGGAAUUGCCAUGGGGGGUCUCUACGGCAAUGCCGCGGCUACUGCGCUUGAAGAUUGUCCAAUGGAGGCGCGUGGUAUUGUGUCUGGUUUACUCCAGCAAGGCUAUGCGUUUGGAUACCUGCUGGCGACGGCUUUUGCACGCGGACUGGUUGACACAACCUCGCACGGUUGGAGACCCUUGUAUUGGUUCGGCGCAUGUCCUCCGGUCUUGAUCAUUAUCUACCGGCUCUGCCUGCCUGAGACGGAUGCUUUCAUCGAACGCCAGAGGACUCGAAACUCUGUCCGAGGGGGAGUAACAUCGACUUUCUUGUCGGAGGGCCGGACAGCUUUGAAGCGGCACUGGUUGCUCCUGAUCUAUCUCGUGCUGCUCAUGGCAGGCUUCAACUUCAUGUCGCACGGCUCGCAAGAUCUGUAUCCGACCAUGCUCAAGAGCCAGUUCGGCUUCUCGGCUGAUGCGGUCACUGUCACCCAAGUCGUCGCCAACCUGGGCGCAUUGACGGGAGGCACCCUGUGCGGCUGGGCGAGUCAGAUCUUCGGCCGACGAUUCUCCAUCAUUGUGAUCAGUAUCGUCGGCGGUGCCCUCCUCUACCCGUACACUUUUGUUACCUCGACCAAUGUCAUGGCUGCCGCCUUCUUCGAGCAAUUCUGCGUGCAGGGCGCUUGGGGUGUUAUCCCCAUCCAUCUGAUGGAGCUGUCCCCAGGCUCAAUCCGCACCUUCGCUGUGGGUACAGCGUACCAGCUAGGCAACCUAGUGUCGUCAGCCAGUUCCACGAUCGAGUCAACGAUCGGCGAACGGUUCCCUCUGCCCCCUUCGGACACUGGAGCCAAGCGAUACCAGUACGGCAAGGUGAUCUGCAUCUUCAUGGGCUGUGUGUUCGUUUAUGUGAUCUUGGUGACAUUCUUGGGCCCGGAGCGGUUGGGACGUCAGUUCGAUGUGGCACAUGAUGCGGACAUGGCGGAAGUGACGGCGCAUCGCGGCAAGGACGAUGAGGUUGUUGAGAGUGACCCAGAGAAGGGUACCGUGCGUACUCUAGAGGGCUGA